AUGGGGAAGUGGAGUUCUAUCUUAUGCCCUAGGAUACAAUCUAGGUUAGACAAAGAAAAGGAGAAGGCAGCAUACUGUACUGUAAUGCCAUCCUCAGAUAGCUUGUUUAAUGUCAGACAUAUCCUAGAUCAAGUGAAUGUAGACUUAGUGGCUAAUACUUGUAGUUGUAGGAAGUGGAAUAUGGUUGGCAUUCCUUGCUGCCAUGCCAUAGCUUGUAUUUACUUUCAAAACAAGGUAGCAGAGGAUUAUGUUGAUGUGUGCUACAAGGUGGAGACUUAUGUGAAGGCUUACAGUGGCUUAAUACCACCAUUGGAAGGAGAAAGGUAUUGGCCAAGGGUGCCCUGCAAUUUGGAUCCCCCUCCAAUCAAAAUUGGCCCUGGAAGGCCCAGGAAGAACAGAAUCAAACACCCACUUGAGUAUCCUAAGAAGACAGGCUCAUUGACUAGAUCAGGGAUUGAGAUGACCUGCAGCAUUUGUAAUUCAAAGGGUCACAAUAAGAGGGGGUGCCCAGACAAGGGAUCUGCAGCAGCUACUGAACCAUAA